UUAAUUUUAGAGUCUCUAGUUGAAAUAUUUCUCACUCGUAUAAUCGUUAAACUAAUAUUAUCUAGGCCAUCUGAUGAGUUCACCAAAGAGACGCUCCAUACACUUGCAUCACUCUUGGAGAACCCUGGCUCCUCUGCAGCUAAUUCUGGAUUUACUCCUGGUGCCAUACUUCAUCAGGUUAGCCUAAUUUGA